CCCCCUGAUGCUGAACGACGGCGGUUCACCCCACAGCAUGCCCAAGUAUGGCCGGCAGUACUCCUUGGAGCACCUCCACAGCCCGUCCCCCUACUCGGCGUCCUCCCCAGCGUACGGCGGCCCCAAGCUCUACUCUCCUGACUCCGGCCCCAUCAUCUCCGACGUGACCGAACUGGCCCAGUCCAGCCCGUCCCCCUGUCCCAGCAGCAGCAGCUUUGAGGAGGAGAGGAGCAGCCCCCUGGUCCGUAUCAAGGAAGAGCCCCCGAGCCCCUCCUGCAGCCCCUCCGCAGAGGACGUCAGCCCCGUGGGCCCCCCGCUCUCGCCCUCCACGUUCAUCGACUCCAUCUUCCGGGAGGAGCAGCCCAGCAGCACUUCGGCCACGGCCCCCCCCACCCAGGGCAGCCCAGCGCAGCCCCAGGAGAAGUGCCUCAGCGUGGCCUGCCUGGACAACGUGGGUCGUGCUCCGCAGAUGUCUGAGGUCACCUGCCUUUUCCCCAGCCCUUCCUCUUCCUCCCUGCACUGCAGACCGCAGCAAGGGAACGAGCUGAGCGAGCACCUGGAGACCAUCGAUUCCAGCCUGGACCACCUGCAGACCAUGCUGACCACCCACAGCUUCAGCGUGGACACCAGCGCCCUGCUGGACCUCUUCAGCCCUUCCAUGGGGGUGACGGACAUGAACCUGCCGGAUCUGGACAGCAGCUUGGCCAGCAUCCAGGAGCUCCUCUCCUCGCAGGAGCCGCAGAAGCCAGCCGAGGGGGAAGACGCCACGGCAGACGCAGGCAAACAGUUGGUGCAUUACACGGCCCAGCCCCUCUUCCUGGUGGACUCCAACACGGUGGACGUGGGCAGCGCGGACGUGCCCAUCUUCUUCGAGCUGGGGGAAGGACCCGGCUUCCCCGAGGGAGAGGAUGGCUUGGAGGACCCCAGCCUCUCUCUGCUCUCUGGGACGGAGCACCCCAAGCCCCAGGACCCCGCGGUCUCCUAA